AUGGACAUCCAAGACGGAUACCCUGAAGAUGAGAUCCCGGCGGACAUUCAAGAAUGGCUGGACGAGAACGGGCAGCGUAAAACCGCCCAAAUUAUUGGCCCCCUACGUAGCCUGGCAUGGCUAGAGGGUCUGGACGAACUCGUCCAAGCCAUAGACCAUCCUGCGUACGUUAUCGAGGACGAAAUAGAAGUCAUUCCUUUCGGGACAGGCCUGUUGUGGCCACUGGAUCGACGAGUAGAAGAAGGGACCGUGCCGCCCACGAUAUGGGCCAAGGCCUCAGGCAACAACCCACCAGUCAUUUCUUCGCCCCUCGUAACAACAGUUCCUACUGCCGUACCGGCAGCCAUCAAAGGGAAGCUUGAAACUCACAGUCUCCGCGACCUCUACCCGGCCUCUCGGAUCAAAGCACCGGACCAUGUCAAAUGCGUCAAGAUACAAUUUGACAAGAACCUGAAUCGGCUAGAAGCCAAUAUAAGGAAGCUCGUCGGUGAUGCGCUUGAAUCAGAAAAUCUUUGGUUUCGGGGACUAACUUUAACCGCGUUGGAAUCGAUAUUGGCUUUCUUCAUCCCUGAAAGAAGCAGCCAGAAUGCAGAAAAUGAAUUUGGUCCUGGAUUUUACACUGCGGACACCCUGUGCUACGCACUGGAAUAUGCUCGAAUUGGAGGCGCAAUCAUGGUCUUCAAAGACCCUGAUUUGCUCCAUACUAAACUUUGGGAGCCAGAUUCGCAAUCUUGGAGUGCUUGGGUCGCGAGAUGGAAGCAUCUCCCGCUGGAGAUUGCGCGGCAGCCAAUCCCAGCGGAGUAUGGCACCGCGGACUUUAUGAAGGGGGCAAUUUCUAGUCGUGGGCAAAAUGUCCAAGCAGGCCGUGGGGUCCCUGCCCCAUCAGAAAAUGUCCAGUUGGUUGCCUGCAGCUAUAAAGGCUGCAAGGCCUUGUCUGAUUCGCUUGACAUGAUAAUCUUCAUCGAGCGGGCUCAGGGAGGGUGGUUAGUUCGAGAACCUUUUAUGUAG